CAGGGAGAGAGAGAGAGAGAGAUCGAUGGCAAACAACGACGAUUUUGAUGAAGAUGCCGAUUUUGUCAAAGCCGUGGAUAUUAUCGUGGCCAGCAUAGAAGCCAAGAAGCGCCCCCUACCUCCUCCGUCUCUUCCAACGUUUGUACCGGCUCCUCCGGUAUCGGAGAUGACGACGACGACGAUGAUUUCAUCGACUGUAUCUCACCCUAUGCAGUUACAAUCCUCCGCGGGACAAAAGCGGAACCAAAUUCAAGUUCGUGAUCCUUUCUUCAGCUAUUCUCCGCCGAGAGAACUCUCUCAAAGAGUAGGCGGUUUCAAUGACGCGUUAAUGGAUUACUCUAACUAUACGGUUACUGCUGCUAAACCAAUCUCUCCGACUUCUUCGAAUCGUCGCUGUGAUAGUGAGAAAGAUCUCGAAAUUGAUCGCUUAAAGAAGGAGCUGGAACGUGUCUCGAAGCAAUUGCUGGAUGUGGAACAAGAAUGUUCUCAGCUUAAAAAGGGGAAAAACAAAGAAAUGGAGUCUAAAAACUUGUGUGCUGAUAAUAAAGGGCAAUGUUCUACAGUUCAUGCUUCUAAGAGAACAGACUUGGAACCAGAUGUUGCAACUUCUUCAGUAAAUCAUCGAGAAAAUGACUCUACGAUGGGGUUAGAUGAUAGAAGAAGCUUCAAGACCACUGGUGUUCAGGCGGAUCUGGCCAAUAAUGCUGAUCUUUCAAAGAAACUGCUAGAUAUUUGGCGCACCUCAAAUUAUCAAGAUCCGAGGAAAAAUCUAAUCUCAGAGUUGCUACUGGCUUGUUCACCAGAUCUCCAGAUUAUCUUUAGUUUUAUGAAAAUCAGUACGCCUCCCCAAGAAGUUGACAAACAGGAAGCCAAAACCUCGUCAGAUAUACAAUCUGAAAAAGUGUAUCGAUUAUACUCUGCAGUAACCAAGAUCAGCUAUGGGUUUGUAAAUUUGAAGUCCUUGGUUGAACCACUACUUGAUCUUUGUAAAGCGGAAACUGCCGUUCUUGUUCAUAGAUCUCUGCGUGUACUACAUGUGCUGUUGGAACAUAUAUGUGGUGUUGAAAAGAGAUUUGAAGCCAGUUGGGAUGCAAACUGGCAUUCUCUUUUUGAAUUGAUGAAUCAAAUUGCUAGUAUAAGAACCGAAGAGGAUGUGAAGCUGGAAGCAUUGUCGAUAAUGAACAUAAUCGUGAUGAGCACUGAUGCUUAUACCGCGAGAGAAACUUUUGUCUCCAAGGAAGUGUUUGAGAGCAUUUCAUUACUUUUAAGAAAAGAAGGUGGCUUACAUGUACGGAAAGAAGCUAUUCAUCUGUUUUACUUGCUACUCAACUGCCCUAAACUAUACGAUAGAUUUGAUUCUCUCCAUGAGGAAAAGAACUCUUCAGAUACUGAAAACGAUAGUGAAGUAAAUCUCUUUGCUACGGAAGCAUUUGGGAAGAUCUUUGAAGGCUUAGCAGAUUGUUUGACUUCUCCCAGAAAGACAUCAGAGGAUCUGGUACUAUGUCGGAAUGUAAUAAUGAUCUUGGCCUUAGCAGCUUCUUCAGGAAACUCUGGCUAUGAACUACUCUCAAAUCAUAAACUACCUCAAGAUACCAACUUUUUAAUGGUGAUACUUCAUCUUUUAGUUGCGGAAAUAGACUCGGAAUCAACAGAGUCUCAUCCAAAAGCGGAAAUCUUCAAAGCGAGGACAUUAUUGAUGAGAGAGAUACUGAUAUUACUAAACAGACUAGUCUCUGGCUUGUCAAGCUCUGCUACUAUUCUAAAAGAACUAACAAAGAGCAGAGACAUGGCGAGUCUAACAGUUGAUGCAGCCACAAGAUUAUCCCGUAAAAGAAACUUACUUGGACAACCUGAAAACAGUGUUCAGAGAAUGAGGAAUACAGAAAUCAUGGAUUUAGCCCGCAUUUUCAAGAGACGGGUUUUCGCCUUCUUAGGUGACAAUACUAUAUAAACACAUACAUCAUCCGGUGUUGUUGAGUUUAUUGAGUUCUCGUUUUUGAGCAUAGAGAACUGCUAAUUUUGAUUGAAGGAGCAUAGUAUUAGUAGAUGUGAAACUGUCUUCAGAUUAACACGCUAAUAUUAUUAGAUUUUUGAGUAAAUGAUACUUUUUUUU